UGCCGUUGCCGUUGUAGGCUACCUGGCAGCUCGUCAUCUCAUUCUCACGAUACGCGAGUAUAUAUAAAGCGCAGCGUAGCCCGACUCGGUCGCAUUUCACUUCGACUUUAAACGUCUUUCACGACCAAGUACAAGUACCCGCCAUAUUAUAGUCGCAAUAUAAACUGAAAAACCAAACCGAAAACCAACAACAACGGCAAAACACAAAAAACAAAAACAAAAAAACGAAAAGAAAACCGUGAUCGCGAAACAAGUUCGGCGUCAGAAUUUUUGUUUUUUGUUUAAUUACGAGUAUUCGGAAUCUGUCGGUGUUUUGAUCGCUGUGUCGGCAUUUCCGCGUCAACUAAUCAUUCGUUCGAAAUACUCGUCGCGUCGUAAUAACUUUUUCGAACGUGGCGAAUACUUAUUGGGCGCCGUUUCAGCCGAUGUAGCCGAAUUUUAUGCUCGUCCAAAAUUGAAGCCAAAUCGCGGAAAAGACUUUUCCAGAUACCUGGCAGGCGUUGGCUGUGCGCAGUGUACGCGUAGCUGAACACAGAAAUGACAAGCCAACACCACGAAUACUCGAAAUGGUGCGAUUGGUGGCGCAAGCUCGCCGUAUUCGCGUGCUGUUUGUGCUUUUCGACGACAAUGGCCGCUGUAACGGUGGCCGCGUUCGCCUCGGUCAAUUUAGCUUCGGCCGCAUCGGUACCGGUACCGGUGCCGGUGCCGGCGCCGAUGCCGGUAGCGCCUGUCUCCGAGUCGACGGUGCCAGCUGGCGCUGCGGCUGCGGCGACUACGGCAACAACGGGCGCUGCGUAUCGUAAACGCGUUGUGCUACGAUCUAUCGAUCCGCUGACGAGAAGAAGCGCCGUCGACAAACACUUUAUUCGCUUCGGUCGAAACGAGCAACAGACGGGCGCCGAUAAAUCGAUCAAUUUGCGUAAACGCGAAAUCUUACACGGCGCCUACGGCGACGACGGCGCCGCGGACGCCUUCGCAACCGCUAAUAAUGCCGACGUGCACGCCGGCGACGGCGGCGGCAACGGCCACGGCCACCGCACCAUCGCCGAUUUAACGUCGUCGCUGCUCACCUGCUCUUCGUCAGCCUCCAAUUCCAGCCAUCGCGCUUGCUUCGGUCGUCUGCGUGUUCGCCGUCUGCGACCACAUCUUCCGCAGCAACAGCAACAGCAACAGCAACAUCAUCAUCAUCGUCGUCGUUUUCGACACGACGUUACAACCAACAACGACGCAAAUCUCGAUUCCAACGACCUUCUCGCCAAUGCGGACAUCGCUGUCGCUGUUGUCGACAGCGACAGCGACGACGUCGACAACGAUCAAGAUGGCAGCGACGAUGACAGCGAAGACAAAUACAACGCCACCGGCGCCACCAACACGUUGGUCGAGGAAAAGAGCGGCGGCGGCGGCGGCGGCGGCGGCGGCGGCGGCGGCGACGACGACGACGACGAUGACGAAAAUGACGAACAGGAACAGCGACCUCGGCCCAGGCCCAAGCUCAGGCCACCUACCGUGAGUAAGACGAGCCACGUUGUUUUCGUGAGGCCGAACGACGCCGCUUCGGCGACCGAAUCCGAUAGUCGUAAUCCGGCGCUGAGGAUGGCGCUCGGCGACGAUCCAUUCGUCAGGACGAGCCGCAAUACGUUCAGUCGAAACCUAUUCAGCCGAUACGACCGAGGCCGUGAUAACUUUAUGCGUUUGGGACGUUCGAAAACGACCAUGUCCGGCAACGCGGACGUAACCAAAGAAAACCCGACGCCGCUGAUGGACGAAACGGAAGACGGCGGCGGCGGCGGCGGCAGCUACUACGACGACAAUGACGGCGGCGGCGGCGGCGGCGGAGAUGACGAUUACGUGGUCGGACGCGACCGAGACGAGCAUGCGGUUUGGUCGAGAACGAAACGCGCAGUUUCCGCACAAACCGGCGGCGCCGCCAGAUUUCCACGUAAACACGACAAUUUCAUGAGGCUGGGCAGAAAACACGACUCUAGAUUCUUGCGAUUGGGAAGAAUGAAUACUCGAAGCAGUUCGUUCAUCAGAUACGGUCGCAAUGGGCCAGCAGCAGGUGUCGGCGGCAGCGGCAGCGGCAGUGGCAGUGGCGGCGGCGGUGGCGGUGGCGAUUACGAUCGCUGGACUAGAAAACACGACAACUUUAUGAGAUUAGGUCGAAACGAGCAGCGUCUUCUGCAGCAGCCCCAGCAGCACCAGCGACGACAAACGAAACGAGAAAAGCCGGAAAAUUUUAUGCGUUUAGGUAGGGCUGAAAAUUUCAUCCGUUUGGGUCGAUCGCAUUGGCGACCGCAUCCGGACGACGAUGGCGACAACGACAACGUUUUCACGCCACCUCGGUCAGUUCGCAAGUCGAGUAAUUUCAUGCGUUUGGGUCGACCAGAUCCGGACUACGACGAUAUUUUCACGCCGCCGCGACCAGUCCGAAAAUCGGAUAAUUUUGUGCGUUUUGGACGCGGUUCGGCCGCCUUGGACGGUCAAAGCGUCUGGAAUUUCGGCCUUCUCGACGACGACGACGACAACGACGACGACCCGCCAACUUGGAGGCGCUUCACAAGGCAGACGUCGGCGUCCACGCCACGUCAUCAUCAUCAGCAUAAUCGCGAUGACCAUCAUCACGGACAACGUGGCGGCGGCGGCGGCGGCGGUCGUCGUCGUCGUCGUCGUCGUCAAGCAGACACCGAUUCGCAGCUAUGGAAUGAAAUCCGAAACGCAAACGGCACGCAGCAGCUGGACCAUCCGAGCGGUGAUUUGUUGGAAAGCAAGCCACUCGACGAGUACGACUACGCGGUUUUCGCUCUACCAAACGUGUUGCCACAAGCGUCACCAUCGCCGGCGCCGCCGCCGGCGCUGCGGCCGGCCUUCUCUUCCAAGUCCGAACAGCUUGUCGCGUCUCAUGUUGGGUGGAUUUCGGUGCCGCAGAAGCCACCAGCGCCAUCGCCAUCGCCAUCGCCUCUGCGCCAGCAAUCCACUUCCACUUCGUCAGUGUACGCGUCUUAGAUUGCCGCCGACCAAGCGCCAUUUUUCAGUCGCCACUCUACCUUCAUUUUCUCCUUUCUACCUUCUAACCUUACCGUUUAGAUAAGUACCUCCACACCUCCACCUAUGUACCUAAUACUAAUAGUCUAUGUAAAAUGUCAAUGUCUGCUAUCGUACUCGUACUGUAAUCGUAUUGUUCCAUGAGGUGUACACGUACACGUAGUUUAUAUAUGUAUUUAUUGUAAUAUUCGUAGUUGACCCCUGUUUUCGUCAUUUACCUAAUCGGUUACUACGGAUACAGAGACAGAGUCGUACAUAAGCUACCUCUAACCUACAUAGGCUAUGUAGGUAUGUACCAUUACGAUUACGAGAUAUGCACAUCUACCGAUUUGCGAUGGCGAAUACGAUAUGUACGAGGUACAUACCACAUACUACAUACUACAAAGUACAUACUCGUAGGUCGUAGGUCGUAGGUCGUAGCUAGUAGUAACUAAACAAAAACUACGAGUAUGUUCGCCGAAGGUAAGUCUAUAGACGCCUAAUUGCGCAGCCGGCAGCCGUCCCCGCCAAUUACCCAACCCAUACGAUGACUGUGCUCUUCAUUUUUCAGCAUACCUACUCGAUAAUUACGAGUACGAGUACGAGUAUCGAGUAUCUCGAAUCUCGAAUCUCGAUUGCGUUUGCAGCUUUGAAAUUUCAAAAUCAAUAGGUACCCUAAUAAAGUAAUAAUGCUGAAUUGCUGAUGUAGGUAGCCCCUUAUCUACGUAGGUACGAAAGAUCGAGCAUUCCAGCAUUCGGUCAAUUACGCAUUUAAGCUAUGAAAAAGAUGGUAGUCCAAAUCGUGGUUCGCGGGUUGGGUAAUGGGCAAUGGGUAAUGGGUAGGGUGUAUUCGGUAUAUGUGUUUGUGUAUACCUUACCUAUCAUAAAAUUAUCGUUAAAUGUAGUUAUCAUGUUUUUUAUUUAAUUUUUUUUACCAAUCUUAUACCUACGAACCUACAACAUACAUAUUAACUAUUUAGCUGGAAGAUGAUACUUGCAUCUAAACGUACACUUACUGAUUUGAGUACCUACCUACCUACCUAUGUAUGUAGAAUAUUGUAGAUCGAUUAUGUACAAAUUAAACUACCUACCUAAUAAAAAUACAAAAAACCUUUCGUUUAA